CUUCAAAGAUUUUCCACCUUUAUCCUUAAAAUAUUUGCUUUCGUUCUUCUUCUUUCUCCAGAGCAGUCCUUCUAGAGAAAGACUUGCAAAGAAGAAGAAGAAGAAGAGAUGGUGGUAGCAAGUGGAUUAGGAUUGCAGAAUGCAAACCCUAUAUUCCAAAUGAGAAAGCCUCAAUCAGAUUUUUCACUUAUCACUGGAAAAGAAAUUAAUCUCAGGUUUUUCUGUUCAAUACCUCAAAAAACACCAAGUUUCAGGAAAUCUCGAAAUCUUAGUAAUAAGAAUUUCUCUUGUCGGUGUAGUAAUUCAUCUUCUUCUUCGUCAUCAUCUACUGAAUGGGAUUGGUCACGUUGGAAUCAACGUUUUUCAGAAAUUGAAGAAACUGAGAGUAUCUCUUCUGUUCUUAAGUAUCAACUGAGAGAUGCAGUUGAGAAGGAAGAUUUUGAAGAAGCUGUAAAGCUAAAAAGGGCAAUUGCAGAAGCGACAUCCAAGGAUUCUGUUGCUGAAAUCAUGUCCCAAUUGAAGAAUGCGAUAGAUGAAGAGCGUUACCAUGAUGCGUCGAAACUAUGUAGAAUUUCAGGAAGCAACCUGGUAGGCUGGUGGGUUGGCUGUUCGAAGGAUUUUGAUGAUCCUUUCGGAAGAGUUGUAAGAAUAACCCCUGGUGUUGGUAGAUUUGUGGCCAAGAGUUAUACUCCAAGGCAAUUGGUUACUAAAUCUUCGGGGACCCCCUUAUUUGAAAUUUUUGUCGUCAAAGAUGCCAAUGAUAGAUACAUGCAACAGGUGGUAUUUUUGCGACGAAACAAAGGAAGUUCAACAGUUUCUUUGUCGUCAUCAUCAUCAACAUCACCAUCAAAAGUGUCAGAGGAUCCACCCAAUGUCGAUUCUGAAAAUGCUACAGACAAGAGUGUGGAUAAUGAAGAAGAUGAGCCACAUAAGAGCCAGGAUACGAAGAGCGUGAACAUUAGGGAUACAAGUGAAGAAGGGAUUAAAGGAGUUAUUAACUUUCUUAAAGAUAAAAUUCCUGGAUUAAAACUCAAAGUCAUGAAUGUAAAUGUAUCAGAGGAGAUAAUAGAAGAUGGUGAAUCCCUGGAGCAGCUAGUGCAAGAAAAUGAAAAUGAAAAUGAGAAGACAGAUGCUUCUGAGACUUCUGAAGACGAAACUGAAAGCCUAGAUGAGGUUCUUCCGGAGGGUAUUCAACUGAGAGAAGGUCCCAGCACAAGGGAUGAGAGCAAGAGUUUGGCUAUGAAACUUUUUAUUGGUGGCGUACUACACAACAAGGAUGAUGUACCGUUAAAAGAUGAUUUUGUACGCUCUCCAGCGGAAAUAAGGGAUAUGGAAAAGGAUUCGUUUGUCCUACAUAUUCCCGAGAAAAUUGUAGAUGCUGAUAUUGGUGAGAUGGAAGUGUCUGAGGUCAAAUUGGCAACUGUUGCAGCUGAGGGAGUUUCUGAGCUCAUGCCACGUGAUGUUGCCAAGGCAUUUUGGAGUGUGGAUAAGGUUCCUUCUAAGAUUUCAAAAGAUGUUCGUGAGAUUGUCAAGCUUGCAGUUAGUCAGGCCCAAAAGCACAACAGACUAUCAACGAAUACAAAUUUCAGCCGAAUCAUCUCAAAUGAUGAUUCCGAUCCCUUUACUGGUCUCUAUAUUGGAGCUUUUGGCCCAUAUGGCCCAGAGGUGGUACAGUUAACCCGUAAGUUCGGUUACUGGAAUAGUACAGAUGAUGUAGAAAAUGUGGAAUUUUUUGAGUACGUUGAGGCAGUAAAAUUGACGGGUGAUCUUAAUGUUCCUGCUGGGGAGGUAACUUUUCGAGCUAAAAUUGGUAAAGCAAACAGGAAUGCCAACCGUGGGGCUUUUCCAGAUGAACUUGGAGUGGUUGCUAGUUACAAAGGUCAAGGAAGAAUAGCAGAAUUUGGGUUUCGCAAACCACAGUGGGUUGACGGUGAACUACUGCAACUUAGAGGAAAGGGCAUGGGACCAUAUAUCAAAGGUGCAGACCUGGGUUUCCUGUAUGUUGUGCCAGAGCAAAGCUUCCUUGUUUUAUUCAGCCGCUUGAAACUGCCGGAGUGAGUCAUUUGUUAUAGUAUUUUAUCUAAGUAUCCUUUGAUCAGAGGCUCCCCAGAGUCGGAGAUACGUUAGUGGUGGCCGGUUGAGACAGAUACGGUGGGAAUGUUCUUAAUCGUAACACAACAUGAAAAAGCACCAGUCCCCCACUUGAUGAACACAAUACCGAGUAACUUCAUCUUCUCCAUGCGAAUUCCUCGGGUCUUUUUUCCCUUUCUCAUUUCCAAGGGGUUUCUUGUUGUGCAAUGUAUUAAUACCUGUUUGUUUCUUUUGUAUCAAUGUAUAUCCGAGUGUAAGAAUCAUACCUUCUUCUUAAACGUUUCAAUACUAUAUACAGAAUCCUAUAAGUACUCAUUCCAUAACA